GUUUUCUCUCCGUCUUCACUGUGAGUGCUCUCUGUCUCUCCCCGCUGUGGACCGUGUACUUGUUCGGCUGUAAGGCAUUCGUGCGAGCACGCCGACGUGUUUUUGUUGUCUCAUCUCAUCUCACCUCGUCUCCUCCGAGCCUGCUGGUCGAGCUUUGGAUCGUGUCAGCCCCGCAGCAGCAGCAGCAGCAGCAGCAGCAGCAGCGCUACUACUACUCAGCCAGGCUAGGCCUGAAUCCACCUCGCAAACACUUAUGGACUUUGAAAAACAAGCCUAACAGUCUCCACCAUCGCGUGUGAAUGGAGCAGUGUGCGAGUACGGCCUCCCUGCUGGCCUCGGUGCGGGAGCAGGAGAGGCAGUUUGAGAUGCUGAGCCGAGCUCUGGAGGAGGAGCGGAGGUCGUGUGCCGGCACCUUGCCCCGCCCCCUCCCCAACAUGCAGAACGGCCGCAUUCCUUGUGAUGCAGACAUAGAGAGGCUGACACUGAACGAGGGUUACAUCAACGGGUCACAUCACUUCAGGAUGGAGCCUGGUCAUGUGAUGCAGGAGACGUACACGGUGGAGGACCCCCAGGAGGCACCACCUGUUGUCUCUGUGGAGACCAGCGAAGAUGGGACCACGCGGCGCACAGAAACCACGGUUAAAAAAGUAGUAAAGACCACCACCACUCGCACGGUCAUCCCCUCCGUGUCAGACACACUUUCCCUGGAUGGUGGGGGUUCAGUGACAGGUAUGGGGGGCUACCCUGCCCCCAUGGUUUACAGGCAGGGGCCCGCACCUGGCGUCCCCAUGGACUACCCCACUCACACCGUGCCGCGCAACUACCACUACGGACCUCCGGGAGGCUACGACGACUACCGCACUGGACCCCCAUCUGAGACCUAUGCAAGCCUUAACAGGGGUGCUCGCAUGGAUGAUCGCUACAGACCGGUCCAUCCAGACGGUUACAGAACUCUGGAUCCAAGCUACAGAGCCCACAGCAGGAACCAGCUGGACCCCUAUGCUGCUCAGCCACAGGUUGGGCGUAUGGGAAGUGCCAUGGAGCUGUCGUCCAUGCAGAGAUUUGUCCCAGACCCGUACGGUCUGGAAGAUGAUCAGCGCAGCAUCGGUUACGAUGAGCCCGACUAUGGCAUGGGACACCCAAUGCACUACAGCACUGUACCCCGCAACCACCAUGCAUUCCCCCAUGGGCCCCCACGCAGGACUGGGAGUUACGAGGGCACCUUGGACGGUGACAUGAGCGGUCCAGGCGACAUGUACUAUUGGGGAGGAGCACCGCUGGCCACGGGCGAAAGAGGUAGCAUGGCAUCGUUGGACAGCACCCUAAGGAAACCGCCCAUCGGCCCUGGUGGCUGGCGUCAACCGGAGCUGCCAGAGGUCAUCGCCAUGCUCAAUUACAGGCUGGACCCCGUCAGGAGCAACGCAGCUGCGUACCUGCAGCAUCUCACCUAUAAGAAUGACAAAGUGAAGUCUGACGUGCGUCGUCUGAAAGGCAUCCCAGCUCUCGUGUCUAUGCUCGACAACCCAAACAAAGAGGUUCACUACGCAGCCUGUGGGGCGCUGAAGAACAUCUCGUAUGGCAAAGAUCCAGACAACAAGAUUGCCAUCAAGAACUGUGAUGGAGUGCCGGCUCUAACCAGGCUGCUGAGGAAGACUCACGACCAGGACCUCACUGACACCAUCACAGGGACGCUGUGGAACCUGUCGUCCCACGACUCUGUGAAAAUGGAGAUUGUGGACCACGCGCUGCACGCCCUCUCCGACGAGGUGAUUGUGCCCCAUUCGGGCUGGGAGCGAGGGAGCAACGGGGCGGGAGGAGGGGAGGAGAACUGCAAGCCCAGACAUCUUGAGUGGGAGACAGCCCUCACCAACACAGCAGGCUGCCUGAGAAAUGUGAGUUCAGAGCGAAGCGAGGCGAGGAGGAAGCUGAGGGAGUGCACAGGAUUGGUCGAUUCGCUCAUGUACAUCGUCCAGUCCCAGAUUGACUGUAAAGACGUGGACAAUAAGUUGAUAGAGAACAGCGUGUGUCUGCUGAGGAACCUGUCCUAUCAGGUGCACCGUGAAAUCCCUGGCUGUGAGCGCUACCAGGAGGCCGCGCCCAUCAACCAGGGCCCCGCCCCCUCCAGCCAGAAGGGCGGAUGCUUCAGCUCCCGCAAGAGCAAAGAUGAGUGGUUUUCCAAAGGUAGGAAAGAUGAGGAGGAUGCAGCUGCAGACAUGAUAGACAUUCCAAAGAGGACCACACCUGCUAAAGGUUAUGAGCUGUUGUACCAGCCCGAGGUGGUCCGCAUCUACACCUCCCUGUUAAAGGAGUCCAAGAACCCCACUGUGCUGGAAGCCUCGGCCGGAGCCGUUCAAAACCUGUGCGCUGGACGUUGGACUUAUGGGAGAUACAUCCGUGCCUUGCUGCGCAAGGAGAAGGGUUUACCCAUGAUGACAGAGCUGCUAGCCCACGGCAACGACCGUGUGGUCCGAGCCAUGUCCGGAGCUCUCCGCAACCUGGCCAUUGACGCACGCAACAGAGAUCUACUAGGUAAACAUGCGGUCCCUCACCUGGUGGCUGACCUGCCUGGCGGCGGUCAGAGUCAGCCAGUACGAGCGCUGUCGGAAGAGACGGUGGUCUCGGUACUGAGCACACUCCAUGAGGUGCUGGGCUCAAGCCUGGAAGCAGCCAAGACCCUCAGGGCCUCACAGGGGAUUGAGAGGCUGGUGCUCAUUAACAAGGAUGGUAACCGUUCUGAUCGGGAGGUGCGUGGGGCCGGCCUGGUGCUGCAGACAGUGUGGGGCUACAAGGAGCUGCGGCGCACUUUGGAGAAGGACGGCUGGAAGAAGACGGACUUCAUGGUCAACCUAAACCCUCCCAGCAACACCAGAGCCAACGGAGGAUAUGAGGACAGCACUCUGCCGCUCAUAGACAAAGGUGGCAAAGGAGACCGGGAAAUGAUUCCACUGAAUGACUUGGGACCAGACGCCUACUCCACACUGGACCAGAGAGGGAGGAGGAACACUCUGGAUAACACACUCGAACCUGCUGACAAAGAUGCAGUACAGGGAGGGAUGUAUGGGGAGAGGCAGGCCUCUUUGCCUCUAACGGAUUCUUACGAUGAAAAACUGAUUGUGUGCAUCACAAGACGACAGCCUCCUCCCACCUACUGCCCUUGCUGAACUGACAAUGGGGGACCACUACAGCUACGGAUGGGACUAAACUCCAUCCUUAACACUCAACUCUUCUGUCUCUCUCUACACUCUCUUGCAGCUUCUCUUCUCUUCUCUUUCUUUUUCUCUUUGUUACAUUCCUCCAUUUGCAGCGGACAAGCUAUUGAAACCACACGGAAAAACUGACGUGGAUCUGCGCUCCCUGUGGACAAACGGACGAGACACUAUGACCACUUUGUGCUCCGCGGGUCCCUGAACUCCAAAAAACACUAACUACUCGAUGAGAUACCGCGGCCGCCAACACUACGACUUGCCUGGACAACACUAAUCCUCUCUCCGCGACGAAACAGCAGAGACUGUGGCUUCAUCCGAGAACCUUUCUGUCUCGGAGGUUGGAGCAUAGACUAAUUAAACUAAUUAGGACGACCUGCGCGGAUCAGAACAGAACACUUUUUGGUGAAAUUUUCCAUAAAUGGCUAUAACACUAUGUUUUGAUGUUUUGAAGAAAUCGAGGGAAUGUUGUUUUUUUCUCUCUCUCUGAUAGUUAAACACUACAACAACAACGAAAAAAAGAUAUUUGUUACCACUAAGAACCGAUGUUAAAUGAUCUAAUCAGAUAUGUGUAAAGCUUCUGCUUUUUUGGUAGUAGUUGUUUCUCUUUCUUGCUUUUUGCUCCGUACCACAGUGACGCACAUGUGCCAAAUGACACUGCUAUUGCUGCGACUGCCAAUACUGAAUGCAAGAACUUCACACACACACACACACACUAACUUUUUACAGCAGCCACACUGAAAACGAUCAUCCGCUUUGUGUUUUGUGUUCAGUUUGUGUCGGUGAAAGUCCACCGCCAAGAUGCAUGGGGAUGCUGCAUUUUCUGUAUUUGAUUGUGAUCCAUAGAUAUUAAAGUGGGGGCUCUUAGUAUGGAUGUUCCUCCAGACAGAAAUAGAGAGAGACCUUACUUUCCCUCUCAUUGGAAUAGACAAUAUAGCCUGUCCUAUGUUCAUAAAGUGAUGUUUCUGUUAAAUGUCAGGCCCUUAACUCUGUAAUUCUUGGGAGAUAUCACAGGAUUCAGUGGGUGCAUUUCCUUUUAUCUGCAGCUCUGUAAUCUUAUGAAUGUGUACAUACAAGAGCAUCUGUGUGGGCUAACUGGAGUGCCUCGCUCACUCAGGAUAGUUCUGAAAGUUUGUCCAACAUGACGGGAUAACCAAUCAAGGUGUCUUUGUUUCUCAGCAGGUAACUAGUUGGGAAUACUGUAUAUGGAACUCAGCAGUUUUCUAUUCUGCAAGAUAAUGGAAUAUGUGAACUUGUAUGUAUGUUAAGAGUUUAUUCUUGUCAUUGGGAUUGUUUUUUUGUUUUUUUUAUGAGGUAUAAAACUCUUGAGUUCUGUGUAAUUUACUGCUACCCAUAGCCGAUCUGUCUUUAAGGCUACCAAGAUGACACAGCAUUGUCUGUUUUUGCCCGCCUUUCUUAAGUACAGCGCUUGUACUCUAGAAUAACGCAUAUUCUUAGUGCCGAGUGAGAUGUAGAUACUUACUGAGUGGAUGAUUAAAAGAAGCACUAGGGGGUAUUAUGUGUGUUUUUCUUUUUCUUUUUUUCCCCUUUUUCUUUCUUUGUUUUCCAUGCCAAUCGAAAACCUGACAGGAUGCCUCGUUUUCUCACAGUAACAAGUUGCCUUCAGAAGCAGACUGAUUAAAAGAGGAGAAUAGAGGAGAGCAAGAGUUUGUUAGAAAAUCUGUGUAAGGAGGCAUAGACCAGAAUCUGCUAUUAGACAAAGUGGAGAAAAAAUAAAAGCACAUUUAAACUAUAUAUACAAGAGAAUAUUUGUUAAUUUUAAUGGUUUUAUGUAUUACUUUUUUUUUUUUUAUAUUGAUUUGGGUUUAAUUGUUUUGGGUGCUCUGGGUGAACGCAUAUGCAAUCAGUCUUUAUGUUUUGAUUGAAAACAUUCAGUUAAUGUCUUAAUUAAAUGCAAAAAAAAAAAAAAAAAAAAAAAGUGAAGUUAG